AUGUCGCAAACCAAGCGACAAGCGAACCCGCCCAAGACGAGCGUGCAGAGAGUGGAGAGACCACUCCUCCUGCUGAGACUGAAGGGAUGUGGAUGCGAGCAAUGUCAGCACUUGGAGACUUUCCAAGAGAGACUGACAUCCCGCGACAAAUCAUUUGAUGUGGUCCGAAACCCAGUCUCUCACCCCGAUGUGGACGGUCGCGAACUGUGGCCGCAGGUUCGAAACUUGACUGGAAAUGACAGUCGAAUUAUACUGCUGACAUGGGGAUACUCUGGUACUGGCAAAUCGACGCUCAUCCGAUCCCUCCUAUCAUACGCGAAAGACGAAUCGAGCGCCCCAGUGCAUAUCGUGGAGAUUUUGGGCUCCAAGAUUUAUGAUUUGGUCAAAGCGAUGCGUCUGCGGGGGUCUCAGCGUUGGAAGCCUAGUCAGGUCACUGAGAAGAAGAAGGAGCAAUGCGUCGUCGAGAAUGAUUCAUUUGCUGAGACUGUACCGCCGGGCCGUAUCACUGAAGACUUCAUGAAGCAGAUUGAGGGUGUUCGUGAAGUCGCGUCAACUAUGAACAACCAGGCUAGCUCGCGAUCUUGUCUCCUGAUCUUUAUCGGCUCAAACAUCGUCUUGGGAGAUCUCCCUGGAACAGAGCGAAGUGAGGAGGUCACUGAUCUGAAGGAUCCAAGGAGCGGGCGUGUUUUACAGACUG